AUGGCAGGUCGACCCUAUUACGGUUAUGGCAACCAACCACCACCCCCACACGGUUACCCCCCCGGUCCUCCGGGAUCUGGAGGCGGUUUUCCACCGCACAUGUAUCCGGGAGGGAUCAUGUUCUACCCUAUGCAUCCCGCAUACGUCUACCCCUACCCCGUACAGCCACCCGCUGGAGACGAGGUGUUGGUUGCUGAUAACAAUUUGCCAACAUUGCCUGGCGAAACUGUCGAGUUGCCUUGGAGCACAUACCGUUGGGUUCCGGCUUGCUUGAGCCAGCGCAGUAUUCCUCCAGGUGCACUGCGCGUGGGCACCGAUGAAGAUGGUUCAGAGAUCUAUGCUGGACGCGCUCCGCAUGAAGGCGAUAUAUUGCCCGCAAAGGUCAUCCCCUCAAAGGAGGCCUGCUACGUCUGCUAUGGCGGGGAGGAAAUACCCAAAGAUCAGUUUGAGGUACUAGUUCCUGCGAUGUUCUCGUGGCAGUUUUCCACCAAUGGCCAGGUCCCUCCUGGUGCUGUAGAAGCAGGCCAGACAGCUGAUGGGGAGAAGCUGUACUAUGGCCGAGUUACACAUGAUGGAUGCACUACACCUGGAAAGAUCCAACCGAGCCACGGAUGCUGCUACUAUCCUUUCGGAGGCGAGGAAAGAAAUAGCACCGAAUACGAAUGUCUCGUACUCUUCUAA